GGUCGGGCGGCGACGGCGGUGACGAUGCGGAGGGCAGCGGAGUGGGAGCCGGCGACGGCGAGACUGUCCAGCACUUCCCGCUCGCGCGGCCCAAGUCCCUGAUGCAGAAGCUCCAGUGCUCCUUCCAGACCGCCUGGCUCCGAGACUUCCCCUGGCUGCGCUAUUCCAAGGAGACUGGCCUCAUGUCCUGCGGCUGGUGCCAAAAGACCCCUGAGGACGGGGGAAGCGGGGACCUUCCUCAAGUGGGACACGACGAGCUUUCGCGAGGGACCCGUAACUACAAGAAAACCCUCCUCCUGAGGCACCACGUCUCUACCGAGCACAAGCUCCAUGAAGCCAACGCCCAGGAAUCAGAAAUACCAUCAGAAGAGGGGUACUGUGACUUUAAUAGUAGGCCAAAUGAGAACUCUUAUUGCUAUCAACUUCUGCGACAACUAAAUGAACAGAGAAAGAAAGGUAUUCUUUGUGAUGUCAGCAUUGUGGUGAGCGGAAAAAUCUUUAAAGCUCAUAAGAACAUCCUGGUUGCAGGCAGCCGUUUCUUUAAGACUUUAUAUUGCUUUUCAAACAAAGAAAGCCCUAACCAAAACAAUACUACCCAUUUAGAUAUUGCUGCAGUUCAAGGUUUUUCAGUCAUCUUGGACUUCUUGUAUUCUGGUAACCUGGUGCUCACAAGCCAAAAUGCCAUUGAAGUGAUGACAGUGGCCAGCUAUCUUCAAAUGAGUGAAGUUGUUCAAACCUGCCGAAAUUUCAUUAAAGAUGCCUUAAACAUAAGCAUUAAAUCAGAAGCUCCAGAGUCUGUAGUUGUGGACUAUAAUAAUAGAAAACCAGUUAAUAGAGAUGGUCUGUCUUCAUCACGGGAUCAAAAAAUUGCCAGUUUUUGGGCAACACGGAAUCUUACCAAUUUGGCAAGUAAUGUAAAAAUCGAAAAUGAUGGUUGUAAUGUCGACGAGGGCCAAAUGGAAAACUACCAGAUGAAUGACAGUAGUUGGGUCCAGGAUGGUUCACCUGAAUUGGUUGAAAAUGAAUCUCAAAGUCAAACAAAAGUGUUUAUUUGGAAUAAUAUGAGCUCCCAGGGAAUUCAAGAAACUGGCAAAACAAGGAGGAAAAACCAAACUACAAAGAGAUUUAUUUAUAAUAUACCACCUAAUAAUGAAACAAAUUUAGAAGAUUGCUCAGUGAUGCAGCCACCUGUUGCCUAUCCAGAAGAAGAUUUGUCAUUCAUUAAGGAAGAACCAGAUCUGGAUGGUGCUCUACUCUCAGGGCAAGAUUGUGACAGGAACAUGAAUGCAAGUUUAUUGGCUGAAGCCAGCUCGGGUCAAGAUGGAGGUGAUGCUGGUACUUCACAUGAUUUCAAGUAUGGCCUGAUGCCUGGCCCUUCAAGCGAUUUCAAGUAUGGAUUGCUACCAAGUACUUCAAAUGAGUUCAAGUAUGGAUUGCUACCAGGUGCUUCAAACGAUUUCAAGUAUGGAUUAUUGCCAGAAUCUUGGCCGAAACAAGAAACUUGGGAAAAUGGUGAAUCAUCUCUCAACACGAACAAGUUAAAAUGCCCUCACUGUACCUACGUGGCCAAAUACAGACGAACACUGAAGAGGCACCUGCUCAUUCACACAGGGGUGAGGUCCUUUAGCUGUGAUAUCUGCGGGAAGCUGUUUACUCGCAGAGAGCAUGUAAAAAGACAUUCCCUGGUGCAUAAAAAGGAUAAAAAAUACAAAUGUAUGGUGUGUAAGAAGAUCUUCAUGUUAGCAGCCAGUGUUGGAAUAAGACAUGGAUCUCGACGCUAUGGUGUUUGUGUAGACUGUGCAGAUAAGUCACAACCAGGAGGGCAAGAAGGUGUAGAUCAGGGACAGGACACAGAUUUCCCUCGGGAUGAAGAAUAUGAGGAGAAUGAAGCAGGAGAAGCUGAUGAAGAGCUGGCUGAUGAUGGAGAAGAUCAGAAUGAUCCAUCUCGAUGGGAUGAGUCAGGAGAUGUCUGUAUGUCUCUAGAUGAUUAACUGACCUACUGUACUCCUCAAGGAUGCUGCAUUUGGACAUGAUAUGAAUCGACAAUUUGAAUUGUUGAACUUGAGGCUUUCAAAAUAAUGGUACAUGCUGGAUGGUAGUUAUGUUGCUGUGAAAACUGUAGGGUCAAAGCCUUAUAGCAAAAAAUUUUUUUUUUAUAUUUGCACAGGACUGUACAGCAAACAACCUUGUGGUUGGAUUACACAGAGUCCCCACAUCUUCAGUCAGUUAUCAAAGCAAAAAUAUUUUUUAUUUAUAGGAUAUACAGUAACUUUGGGUCCUAUGAAAAUAUAGUACCUGUCCAGGAGCUGACAUUCAUGUACCACUUUACCAUGAAUGAAGAAAACCCAUUUAUGAGAGUACAGUGACAGCCGGCCCAAGUACUCUGUCCAUCAAACCACUCAGGCUAGUUUGUACUAGUAGAGUUUCAUUUCUAUUUUUAUUUUUAUUAAUUUUAUUUUUUUUAAUACAGAUUUUCAGUGAGGGGCCUUUUCAGCCCCAUUGGUUGUACUUUUCUGUAUUUUCCAUUUUAAUUUGCUUCAUAAGUUAAACUAAGUCUCUUCUAGUCUUAGGUAUUAUUUCUCAAUUUUGUGCUGAUGGGCAUGUUUAUAAGAACUGGAGAGGUAAUUUAUUGGAAUGAACUAACUGACUUCCUCCAUUCCCCCCUUCCUUUUUGACAUGAAUUUUACUACUUCACAAAUGAAGAAUGACGUUGCAAAGUUACCAAGGCGAAGUUGACAAAUACCACUAAAUGAUUAUGAUUUAGAAGUAACUUUCUCCUGCUGCUCUAAUCUGAUAAAUGGUUAUUUACUAUAUGACGUUUUCUGACAUGGUAUUCAGUUUUAGGUAUCUGUUACUUUGGCACUAUUCUUGUUUGCCUCUUUAUUUUUGCCAGUGUACUAUACCUCAGUCCUAUUGGAAAAAACAAAUCUAAUCGAAAGAAGACGCAUAGAAACAAUAAGUAAAAUGAUUUGUUUUAUAAUUUAUCCUCCAUGUCCAGUUUGGUUAGCUUGUUAUGCAAUAUAAGUGAAAUAUCAGGUUUUUACUCUUGUGCCCUUUUAUCAUUAAAAUUAACACAAAAAUUGCAUUCUCUUUCGUUUCAUACUUACCGGGAUGUUGAGUGUUCUGGAACUAUGACAGAUAAUUAAGUUAAUUUAUUUUUCUCCCCCAGUUCUUUAAAGUCACUACACCUUGAGAUACAGUCUAGUAGUUACCAUGAUUCAACAAUAUUGAGAGGCUUUACAGUUCAUUAUACUAAAUUCUUCAGGGUACAAGGGGUGAUAAUAUUGAGUAGAAACUGUCAGAUUUAGCCUAAUGACAGAUGAAUUAGCUGAUUGUUAAACUCACAGCAACAUUUCACAUAGUAAAUAUUAACAUGCACAGCAUUUAUCAGGAACAUAUUGUAUAUUAUAUAAAAUUGAGGGAUAUCAUAUUUUCAGCUUUCUUUUAAAUAGAAAUUGAGUAUAUUUUCCUAUUUUAUAUCAGGUAACUAAAUUAUGCUAGUUGUGUGGGAAAAGUUGCAAAGUACACUUUGACAGACAUAAUCCUUUUGGUGCUCCAUCUGAUCAAAGUUGAAACGUUUUUUAAGAGGCAUGUUUUCUCACUGUCUCUGAUUUCAGUAGAAUAAUGGUUAAAUGUUAGACACUUGAUGUUUCUGCUUGGAUAAAUCAAAGAUAAAGUACAGUUACAUGGUUAGAUGCAUUUUUUGUCACCUAAAUUUUAUUGUAGUUUCUACAUAACUGUAAAACUGACAUGAAUAGUUUUGGUUUGAUUUUUGUUUAAGACUGAAGAGUACAUCUUAUUCUCAGUGUUCUAGAUAAAUGAGUAAAAUGUAGUUCUGGUGGGGUCCAAAGUAGACGUUAGUUGGGCAAAGAUACUAUGAAUGAAAAAGUAUUUUAAGCGUAAAAUGUUCUGCAUUGUGAAUAUGUAAGUAUAGUAUAAAGAUUUCUUUCAUCCCAUUUAUCCCCUCCUUUAAAAUAAACCAUAGUUUACAAUUGGUAGAUCUGUCUAUAUAUAAAUAUAUAUUAAAGAGAAGAUAUAUAUCUGAAAAUCACCUAAAUCUGCUUUAUUAGACUACAGUUCACUCACUGCAUAGAAACUGGACUCAGCUUUACAUUCUUAAUGUACUUUUACUUUUUCUCAAGAUAUGAACUUACUCUAAGCUGAAUUUUCUUUUACUACUUAAAUCAUUUAUGUAUAUCUGGUAAAUUAUGACCAAAUUUUUGUUAGAGUGCAUAUACAGUAAAUUGAAAUACACUUGGUACACUACAGGAUUGUUGUGCUUUUGUUUGGGUUUUAGUUGGAAACAAGGUUUGAUGUAGAUGGCUUGUUACUGUUAAUUUAAAAUAUUCUAUAAUUGUCCAUUACCUUUUAUGUUGUGUUGUGACAGAUCUGGCUAUAUUUUUAGUCAACUGAAAUAUGAUACUUUAAAAUUUUGUUUUUAGAAAGGUAAUCCAAAGGAAAAAUGUUUAUACUCUUGAAUAUAGUAGCCUCAGCCUAUAUAUAAAUUUCUUCUUUAAAGUAAACACUUUACCAGAAGCAGCAUUGACAGAUUUUUCUACUUGCUGACUGCCUAACUUAUUUUGUUCCACGAUCUGGAGGGACUGCCUUUUCCCUUCUAGAUCUUUUUUUAAAAGAUUAGUUUUAGUACUAAGGUAUACUACUGGACGUUUCUAUUUUUUUAAGUAUAUUCUUUUUUUGACUUACAGUACAAUUUCAGGAAGUUGAUAGAUACUAAGGACUUAGGAUUGGUCUCAGAGGUAAAUAUACUCAUAAUUUUGUCGGUGGAGCCCUGGCAGAAUUAUGUUACACAUUUGCUGAAUUUUUCUCCUGUAAUUUAUAUUUUAAAUGAAAAAUAUUUUAAAGCCUUUCAUUUUAAUGAAGGGGAAGAGUAUAAACUGUUUCUUUCCUAUUCACUCUAGUAACAGACCCUCUCGUGUCAAUCAAGAUCGUGCAUUAUUUCUUAGGAUUCUCAGAGACAGUUACCUCCAAAUGGUCCCCACUUUGUCGUUGUUAUUGGCCCUUCAUUUCCAGAUUCACUAGGCGUUUUGCUAGGUUUUAGCACCCUAGCCAGUCAAGAGCUGAAAGAAGAAACAUUCGAGGAAGGGGAACUGAACAGGAACAAGCAGUUUGAAGCUCUGGGGGAAAACACGAGCUGGUUUGGCAGAGCCAUCCUGAUGGAGCAGAGUGACAUGAAUGACUUAAUUCGUGUAAAGCGCUUAGAACGCUGUCUGGCAGUUGUUUAAUAAUGAGUGUGAACCAAGAGGAAAAGAAGAAAUUCGAAGUCGGGGGAAAGAGGGAGGAAACAGGAAGUGAACGGUUCAAGGCUUGGAAAAUUACGCUAAUACAAUAUAGUAUCAAAGGCCCGGAGAUGACUGUAGUAUAUAGUAUGGGGGAAAGUGUGAUGGAAGACGGGUUUUAAAAGUCACAAAAAUUUUAAAAUUUUGAUAAGCUUUAUUUAUAUUUUUAGGAUUUUGUCAACAAAGAACGAAGAGUUUAUUUUUCUGAAUGAUUCCAAAAGUUACCUUUUUUUUUUAGUGCCUACACCUGCUGUUGCGCUUUACCUUUAUUUUACCUGUUCUCCUGUAAGGUAGGUGCUAUUGUCUCCACUUUACGGAAGAGGAAAGGCUCCCAGCCACCUCCUUGCACCUGCCUCGUGAGACUCGGCCACCGAGGGGCUGAGCCAGGCACCUCGCAGGGGGCUCCGCUGCCUCGUUACACUUCUGUACAAUUUCAGCCCUUUAAAGGAGUCUCGCCUGUGGAGACACAUUUUCCCUAUAAAACAGCUCCAGUAGGAAUCUGAGUGUCAAAUCCUCCCUCCCCCAAAUAUCCUUACUGCUCUUUCCUCCUGAUACAGCAGUGGUUUUUUUUAUCACCCGACAUAACUAAGACACCCAACAUCAGUGUAGUACGUGCUAGGAAUUGGCUGUGGCAUUUUCAUUUUUAAAAGGAUGGUUUUUAAAUGAAGAACUAGAUGUGAACCCAAGUUUUUGUGCCGUUCAGUCACCCAGAUCCUUAAAACUUAACUAUGGUACAUAAUAUAUGUGCUCAGAAGUACCAGGCGUUUUUCUCUUAGUCGCUUCAGGAUUUAAAAUGGAAAGUUUUGUUCCUGCUGUAUCCCUGCUUUCCAGCGAGGCUCAACAGUUCUGGAUCAUUUAAGAUGUGUUUGGGAUAAGCACACUUUAAGCCCGGAAUCUGAUGACAUUGGGUACUUAAAUUUGGAGUGCACUGGCUAUUGAGAACAAAAUUUGGGGUUGAGAAGAGGGAUGGUCGAGGCCAUGAGACGGGAGAAUCCGCAUUUGAACACUGUAAACAUAGAAAGAACACUUGCUUCUGCCUGCUGUUUGUUUGUAAAAGCUCUAUGGGAAGACCUUUUACGAAGACCAACUUUUUGAUGUAAUUUACCUACCUAGUAUAAGUGUCCUAAGACAUGUAUGUAAGCUUCCAAAACUGUUUUGUCUGUGUAUUUAGAAAAUACACAGGAAUCUUUAUCAAACCUAAAAAUAUAAACUUGUGAGCACUAAA